AUGGCUGCUGGAGGUCCAGUGAAAGAGCUGUGCGAGGAAGCCACUUGCUCCAUCUGCCUGGACUUUUUCAGCGACCCGGUGAGCAUCGCCCAGUGCGGCCACAGUUUCUGCCGGGACUGCCUGACCCGCAGCUGGGGGGAGUCGGGGGCAGAGGCUUCCUGCUGCCCCCAGUGCAGAGGAACAACCCAGAAGAAGAAACUUUGGCCGAACCAGCAGCUGGCAAACUUUGUCGAAAUCGCCAAGAAAUUCACUCUGCAGGCGGGGACAGAGGCAGAUGUGGAGGGGGGAGGAGGAAAGUGGGGGGUCUGCGAGAAGCACCAGGAGCCCCUGAGGUUUUUCUGCCGGGAAGAGGACGCCCCCGUCUGCAUUUUCUGCGGCAGAUCCAAGGAGCACAAAGACCACGAGGUGAUUCCUCUGGAGGAGGCUUCCCAAGCAAAUAGGGCAAUCGUUGCUGCUAGAAGAGGGAGAGUUUGCCAGAAGCACCAGGAGCCGCUGAAGCUCUUCUGCAAGGACGACAAAGCCCUCAUCUGUUUGGUCUGUGACCGAUCCAAGGAGCACAGAAAUCACGAAACUCUUCCUCUCGAGGAGGCCUCCCAAGAGUAUAAGGAUCAGUUCAGCAGCUGGAUGGAGAUUCUGAAGAAGGAGAGAGAGAGAAUUCUGGCGUAUAAAGCAGACGUCGUGAAGGAAAGCCAAGAACUGCUUGAGCAAACCACAGGAGAGAAAGAAGGGACUGUAGCCAACUUCAAGCAACUGCACAAAUUUCUGGAGGAACAAGAGAAACUUCUGCUGGCCCAGAUGGAAGAGGGGGAGAAGGAGGUGGCAAAGAAAAGGGACCAGCACCUGGCCAAAGUCUCUGGGGAACUCUCCUCUCUUGAAAGCCUCAUCCGGGAGAUGGAGGAGAAGUGUCAGCAGCCAGCCUGUGAACUCCUGCAGGAUGUCCGAAGCACCUUGCAGAGGUAUGAAGAAAAGGAGACGUUUGAGAAUCCAGUGACUUUUCCUCUUACAUUGAAGUGGAGGAUCUGGGACUUCAGUGACAUCAAUCACUUGCUGGAGGGUGUCAUGAAGCAGAUGAAAGACACUCUGGAUUCUGGACUUCAGCAGCAGAAAGCAAAUGUGACUCUGGAUUCAAACACAGCCCAUCCCAGUCUCAUCCUGCAUGACGAUCGGAAAAGUGUGAAACCAGGAGAACAAGCUAAAGCUCUGCUCAAGAAUCCUGAAAGAUUUGACCGAUAUAGAGCUGUGCUGGGCCAAGAGGGAUUCACAGGAGGCCGCCAUUUCUGGGAAGUCCUUGUGGGAAGUGAGGAAGGAUGGAGUUUAGGGGUGGCCAGAAAGUCUAUGAGGAGGAAGGGAUGGAUCACGCUUAGUCCUGAGGAAGGGAUCUGGGAGGUGGGGAAGUGGGAAGGCAGUUACAAGGCUCCUGAAGAAGACCAUGAGCCUCCCCUUACUGUGAGUGGGGAGCUCAAGCGGAUCCGGGUGUGUCUGAACUACCCUGGGGGCCGAGUGACCUUUUUCGAUGCUGACAGAGCAGAUCUUCUGUACGAGUUCUCUGGAGCCGCCUUCACUGGAGAGACCCUCCUGCCCUUCUUUUAUGUGCAUUCAAAAGCCCACCUCCAACUGUCUUAA